GUAUAAAACGAGUGCAUUUUCAGAUUGAAUUACAGUUUGUGUCGAGAGUAGUUCAGAAGUAGUUCAAUAGCCAAUUUACAGUGGAGUAUAGUCAUCCUACUUAACAAAAGAAAAUGAAAAUACAAAUUGUGUUGUUGGCGGUUGCCGUUUCGGGGUAUUGGGCUGCUCCAACUACUGAUGAUGAAUCUAAGAAUAGAGAAAAAAGGCAAUUACCAUGCCUUGAAGCAGUAGUUCGUCAAGUGCCUGGACAUUAUAUUGAAUAUUUUGAGGUAUCUGCUCCAACCGCUCCAAACGUUCACGUACCGUCAGUACCAAUGUAUGAUACACCAUCUGUUCCGAUGUAUCACGUACCAUCUGUACCGAUGUAUGAAGUACCAUCUGUGCCAAUGUAUGAAGUACCGUCUGUGCCAAUGUAUGAAGUACCGUCUGUGCCAAUGUAUGAAGUACCGUCUGUGCCAAUGUAUGAAGUACCAUCUAUGCCUGUGUAUGAAGUACCAUCUAUGCCGGUGUAUGAAGUACCAUCUAUGCCAAUGUACGAAAUACCAUCCAUGCCAAUGUACGAAAUACCUGCUGCGCCUUACUUUGACAUGCCAUCGAUGCCAAUGAUUGACAUUCCGGUAGCGCCUAUGAUUAACAUACCUGAAAUGCCAAUGAUAGAUACGCCAGAAAUGCCAAUGAUUAAUAUACCAGAAACGCCAAUGAUUGAUAUACCGGAUUCACCAAUGAUCAGUGCACCAACUAUGCCUAUGAUUGAAGCACCGAACAUGCCAAUCAUUGAAGCGCCAUUAACACCAGAAAUUGCAGUUCCCGCAACACCAGAAAUUGUAGCACCGGAAAUACCAAAAAUUACAGCUCCGGAAACACCAGAAAUUACAGCUCCGACAACACCCGAUAUUGUAGCUCCUUCAACACCAGAAAUUGCAGCUCCGGCAACACCAGAAAUCUUAGCUCCGGCAUCACCAGAAAUCGUAGCUCCGGCAUCACCAGAAAUCGUAGCUCCGGCAUCACCAAAAAUCGUCUCACCAGUAACACCAUUUAUCGAAGCACCAUACUCUCCUCAUAUCACGUAUCCCUCACCAGUUUACAUUGACGAAAUGAUGUACCCACAACAUGUCUAUAUUGAUGAAAUCGACUUGCCACUGUAUCAUGGUUCGAACUACAAUAGCCAAAGUGAUAUUUACCAACUUGGUGCACACAACUCAAAUACUCAAGCUGGUAUUUUACAAGCUCGAAGACAAAAUUCGAAUGUUCAAUCAGGAAUAUCGCAAAGUGGCUGGGGGAAUUCAAACAGUCAACGAGGCGUUGGCCAGUGGGGACGUCGGCAAAAUUCAAACGUUCAGGAAGCAGUAUCGCAGAGUGGUUGGGGAAAUUCCAAUAGUCAACGAGGUGUUGGCCAAUUGGAUCGUAGACAAAAUUCAAAUGUUCAAUCAGGAGUAUCCCAAAAUGGCUGGGGAAAUAUGAACAGCCAAGGUCACGUUGGCCAAUUGGGUCGCCGACAAAAUAAAAAUACGCAAAACAGCGUUGGACAAUCGGGAUGGGGUAACACUAACAGUCAAGGACGUAUUGGUCAAUAUGGAAAGUAGUGUUGUGCUAUGAAGUGUCGAUCUAUAUUUUCAACUAUGUGUACAUAUAACAAACGGAAGAUCCAAUAAAGCGUCAGUUAAAAUCACAAA